CACACCGAGCGCUGAUUGGACGCUGUUCAGGGGACGCCGGCGGUCACGUGCUCCCACGCUGCCCUGGUGGAGAUUCGAUUACCAUGACCACUGGAUUCAGCGACGAUGGCUCUCAGGCAAUCCAGCGGUCCGUGGACAUCUUGGAAAUUGUCAACAGAACCUGCCCUAGUGAGAUUGAUGUGGUGUACGAGAUAGAGAGAACCAGAAGCUUCAUCACAGAACAUGGUUUUAAAAAGGUGGCUCUCCAGUUCUCUGAUGAACUUCUAGUGGACUCUGCUGUGAUUCUAUCAAAGCUGGAGAAAAGCUCAGGUUCCAAGUUUUUCAUCUUAGGUGACACAUCCUAUGGCAGCUGCUGUGUAGAUGAAGUUGCUGCUGAGCACCUUGAGGCUGAUGGUAUCGUCCAUUACGGAAGAGCAUGUCUUAGCCCUUCCAGAAGAUUGCCGGUGUUGUAUGUGUUUGGUAGAAAGCCAGUGAAUGUGGAGGAGUGCGUUGACUCUUUCCGCGAACUAUAUCCAGACAAGAGCAGCCACGUCGUCAUUCAAUCUGAUGUUCCAUAUUCCUAUAUCCUGGAUGAACUGCACCAUCUUCUCCAACCAGAAUAUGAAAACCUUGUUAUUUCAACAAUUUGCAGUGAACGGGAAGCAGUGGCAGAUUCUUUGAGAACUGAUGGUGUUAACCCUGAUAAUGAAGUGGAUCCUCAUUCUGCAAUAGAAAUCUACAACCAGCCUAGUAAUCAAGUUAUUCAUAAAUUUGGCCGCCAUUUUAGCAUUGCUGGAAACUGUGAUCUGAAAGACUACAGCAUGUUCUACGUCGGACAGGAGAGUCUAACUCUCACAAAUUUCAUGAUGACUUGGAAUCAAUGUUCCUUCUGCUCAUUCGAUCCAGUGAAAGGUGUCGGCAGAAAAGAAACCUUGAAUGUCAACAGGGCUUUGAUGAAACGAUAUUACAUGAUUGAAAGAGCCAAGGAUGCCCAGGUUGUGGGCAUUUUAGUGGGCACUCUCGGUGUUGCAGAUUACCUCUCUGUUAUUGACCAUCUUAAACAGAUAAUAAAACAGGCUGGCAAGAAAAGUUAUACCUUUGUGAUGGGUAAACUGAAUGCUGCCAAGCUGGCCAAUUUCUUGGAGGUGGAUAUCUAUGUAGUUGUUGCCUGUCCAGAAAACUCGCUACUGGAUUCCAGUGAGUUUUACAGGCCAGUGGUAACACCUUAUGAGAUGGAGGUUGCUUGUAACCAAGCAAGAGAAUGGACUGGCGAGUACAUCACUGACUUCAGGGACCUGCUCCCAGGUGCCUGCUGCCACGUUGAAUUUCCUGAUGAGAUUGUUAAUGGUGAGGAGACAGAUGUCUCACUGAUAACCGGGAACCUGCGAGCCACACACCUGUUGAAGUCAGAGUGGCAGAACAAUUCUUCCAGCACAUCCUUAAUCCAGAGGAAUAAUUCCUUAGCGGUUACUCAGUCACACUCAGCAGCCUCCUUCUUAGCAUCCAGGAGUUGGCAGGGGCUGGAACAGAAACUCGGAGAGUCUCCGGUGACAAAAGCAGUAGAAGGAAGAAAGGGAAUCGCCAUCGCUUAUGAGGAAGAGGGAACUUAACU